UAUGCUUCACAUUCCUGAUGUAGUAAUUGGUGUUGAAAGAGCCAAUCAUAAGCAUUUUGAUGAUAUCUAAGAAACUUCAAAACUAGAACAUCCAGCAAAAAUAAGCAUGAUCAAGAUUUAAUAUAACAAAGAUCAUGUUAUAGGAAUCAAGCUUAAGUACAAAGGAAUUGAUGGAAAAUAAGUAAAGGGAACUUGCUCCAUGAAAUUCAAACUACUUGGAGGAGUAUUUUCUGGAACAAAGAAAGAGAAAUUCUCUAUUGAUGAUGGUAAUUAACUCAUAUAACUUUUAGGCGAUUAUAUCAAGGAAAUACAUGGAUAUGUGGGCACAGAAAUAAAUCAAUUUGGAUUUACUACUUAUAAAGGAAUUUCUCAUAAAUGUGGAGUAUCUAAAGGAGUAUCAUUCUCUCACCAUUUUCCUCUUCAUACUUUCACUUCAGCCAGAGGAUCUUAUGAUAAAUUCUUAGAAUUUAUCGCAUUUAGAGUAGCACCACUAGCUCCUGAAUAGAUAUAAAAAUUGGUAAUACUUAUUUUUAUCAUUUUAGGGAUUGAAUUAGCAAUAAGGAAAUGUCAAUAUCGUAACAAUGCACACUACUUAACCUCCUCCUCCAGCACAAAACCAAUAAAUUCAACCUACUGGAUAGUAUCCACCCCAAGGAUAAUAUCCACCUCCUGGAUAAUAUCCACCCCAAGGAUAAUAUCCACCACAAGGAUAAUAUCCACCUCCUGGAUAAUAUCCCCCACCAGGAUAAUAUCCACCACCAGGAUAAUAUCCUCCACCAGGAUAAUAUCCUCCACCAGGAUAAUACCCACCACCAGGAUAAUAUCCCCCACCUGGAUAAUAUCCACCUCCAGGAUAGUAUCCACCUCCAGGAUAAUAUCCCCCACCUGGAUAAUAUCCACCACCAGGACAAUAUCCACCAUAACCACCAUAGAAUACAACUGUUAUCAUAGAAUAGUAGGCCCCACCUCCUGCACAAAAAAGCGGUGUGAGCGGCGGUGUCGUUGCAGGUGCCGUGAUUGGAGGAGCAUUGGUUGGAGCUGCUUUAGCAAAUAACCAUCAUAAUCAUCAUCGUGGUCCAGAUGUGGUCGUUGUGAAGAAGCAUCAUUGAA